UGGAACUUGCUUCUUAUCUUCUGCAGAUUCUCUAGUUAUCUACUUCAAAGCUAUCAACAUCCGAAUUUCAGAAACAAAAAUGAAAAGAAUGAAUAUCUUUUGUGCAUCCCAAGCUUCAACAGCCGUUUGUUUAAGCAUGGAUCAAGUGGCCUCCUCCUCUUGCUCCUCCGCAUCCGACGUCCAACUCAGCGGUAAAGCCAUUGACCGCCACAACCCCAUCAUCCGAGACGCCAAGAGGUUCACCAGAACUCUACCUCCCAACCCUUGCACGUCCCAACCAUCGCCAAUCAACCCAGUACCUUACCAUCAGCUCAAGAAGAACCAAAAAAAGAGUUCAACCAAGUCGAGCAAUGAUCAUGCAAAAAAGGGUUCUUCUUCUUCUUCAGCAGCAGUUUCUGCUAAGUUGAGUGAUCAAAAGAAGAAGAAAAAGGGUUCAUCUAAGAACUGUUCAUUGAAGCCAACUGGUAUCAAAGCUGAAGAAACUAGUAGGAAAAGCUUCAGCACCAAGGCGAUUGAUCUCGUCACCCCUCCUGGUUCCUCUAGAUAUCUGUUGGGCGAUAGUAUUAGUAAUAAUAAUUCUGGGUUUUUCGAUGGAGUAUCGGAUUUUGAUCUUCCUGCUGAAGCACAGAAGAUUCAAGCUGUAAAACAAGAUCAAAUCGUUGUUUCCAAGCCAUCUUCAUCAUCUUCCCCAGAGAAGCCUUGUAAAGACCAGGUUGUGGUGUUAAGAGUGUCAUUACACUGCAAAGGAUGUGAAGGAAAGGUGAGGAAGCAUCUAUCAAGAAUGGAAGGUGUUACAUCCUUCAGCAUCGAUUUCCCAGCCAAGAAGGUGACAAUCAUCGGAGACGUAACGCCGUCAGGCGUACUGGCCAGAGUUUCAAAGGUAAAGAGUGCACAGUUUUGGACAUUCGCCAUGGCUGCAAAUACUACAAACAAGUAGAGCAAUCUUAGCAUCAACAUUUUCAUGG